AUGUCGGACUUGUCUCAACCUCUCCCACUUGCAUCUGAUUCAACCAGUACCAAGCGCAAAUCGACAGCUGGCGCAUCCAGCUCGAAACGUGCUAAAACAUCCCAAUCCGACCCAUUCGCCGACACCAAGAAUGCAAUUCAAAUGGUUCUUGCAUCUCCCGAAUCCUUCGUCCUACCAAGCGGAGAUGGAGAAUAUCGAAAGCUUGUGGUUUCUAUUGCACAAUAUGCAAAGAGCCUCGAGGGAUCUGUUGCUGUUGCUGGGAAUGGAGGCAUCGCCGCUCCCCCUGCCAAGACUCCAGAGCAAGUUUCAGCAGAGGCUGAGCGUAUAAUUAACCAAAUUAAUCGGGGCAUAAGCAAACUUAUGGCGUGGAAGCCAAGUUGCAAGACCGGGUCCGCCAAAUUCGCACUCGACGGUGUUUGUACUGACCCCCGAGUGUUUGGGAGGGUUUUGGGUCUGAACGAUUCUCCGAACUUCAAGACGAAAAAGUAUACCAAAGAGGAAUUUGAGAAUCUGGUUGGAGAGAUUACCAAGGAUGUCCGUUAUGACCGACUUUAUCUCACAAGUGGCGUCAACGUACGUUACGACUCAGGUACUGGAGAAUUCAAGAUCAAUGGCUCUUACGGGAAACCGGUCCAUUGA